AUGAGCAUUUUUUCACUUUUGUGCUUUGUUUUACCUGCAGAUGAUGUGGUUAAAGUGAAAGGUGAAUACAGUGAAAGAGAGGAGAGUGCUUUAAAUUCACAGCCUAUGGAAAACCCAGAAGAAUCUGAAAUGCCUUACACCUAUCCCAGAGAAUAUAAUGAAUAUGAAAGCAUUAAACUGGAAAGACAUUCUGGUUCAUAUGACAACGUCAGGCCAGCUAGUGGAAAAAUGAAUUGUGAUAUCUGUGGAUUAGCCUGCAUUAGCCUCAAUGUCUUGAUGGUUCAUAAGCGUAGCCACACUGGUGAACGGCCAUUCCAGUGUAAUCAGUGCGGAGCUUCCUUUACUCAGAAGGGUAACCUCCUCCGCCACAUUAAACUACAUACAGGGGAAAAACCUUUUAAAUGUCAUCUUUGCAGUUAUGCCUGCCAAAGGAGGGAUGCGCUAACAGGUCACUUAAGGACACAUUCUGUGGAGAAGCCGUACAAAUGUGAGUUUUGCGGAAGGAGCUACAAGCAAAGGAGCUCAUUAGAGGAGCACAAGGAGCGGUGCCGUACUUAUUUGCAGAAUGCUGGCAUGUGCGAGGCUGCAAGCGUGGAGGCAAGGCACAUCAAGGCAGAGAUGGGGAGUGAAAGAGCCCUUGUGCUGGACAGGCUAGCAAGCAACGUGGCAAAGCGAAAAAGCUCAAUGCCUCAGAAAUUUAUUGGUGAGAAACGACACAGUUUUGAUGUUAAUUAUAAUUCAAGUUUCCUGUACGAAAAGGAAAGCGAGAUAAUGCAAGGACGCAUGAUGGACCAAGCCAUAAACAAUGCCAUCACCUACCUUGGGGCUGAAGCCUUGCGCCCUCUCGUGCAGACGCCGCCAGCUCCCACCUCGGAAAUGGUCCCCGUCAUAAGCAGCCUGUACCCCAUACCGCUGACCCGUGCCGACGUGCCAAAUGGCAACUCGCAGGACGCAGAGAAGAGCCAUGCCCACCUCAGGGACAAAAGCCUGUCUUCUGACAGAGGCCUUUCCCCAAACAACAGUGGCCAAGACUCCACAGACACUGACAGCAACCACGAGGAGCGGCAGAAUCCCACCUUCCAUCAAAGCCAGAUGAUCCCCGCUCAGGCCCGCAAUGGCCUCCAGUCCUUGAAGGAUUUCCCAAGGCCAUAUGACAUCAUCAAGCCACCCGCCAUAUGCCCACGCGAUGCCUUUAAGGUCAUCAACAAGGAAGGGGAAGCCAUCGGGGUCUACAGGUGCGACCAUUGCCGCGUCCUCUUUUUGGAUUAUGUGAUGUUCACCAUCCACAUGGGCUGCCACGGGUUCCGCGAUCCCUUUGAGUGCAACGUCUGCGGGUACAGAAGCCAUGACCGAUACGAAUUUUCCUCGCACAUAGCACGAGGAGAGCACAGAGUAGUACUCAAAUAA